UUUCACACGUCGUAAUGACUGCGUUUGCGCUGUGACACAGUGACUUUCUUCUUUUCAGUGCAUCAGGAUUUUCGAAGAGUUUAAAAAUCCCAAGACCAUUGCAGCCCUUAACAGCACUGGGAUUCGCUCAGCGGUUGUGGUUGUGUCUGUCUCUUUUGUGUCGGUUAGAGCCGAAGCAGUUGAAGUUUGUCAGUUUGUGCUGCAACUCACCGUCAGUGCGAAGAAUGGGUCCCCGUGAGCCAGCACGCCAAGUGGUCUUUAUCCGCAAAACCAACGACGGCAAUGUCCAGCGUUUGGUCCGCGAGCGCUAUCUGCGCAGCGAUCUACCCUGUGGGAGUCCGCAGUGUCGGGUCUGUCCGCCAGCUCCCGGUCACAAAUUGCACUCGCAGCCCAAUAUCGGAGUGUCCACUCAGUUCCCGCAGGCGCAUUACACGGUGCCCACGCUGGAAGUCGUCAUGAAUCAGAUGGCCUUUCUGGAGCAUCCUGAUGUCAAAAAUAUUUUAAUUAUGUCCACUGUCGCUGAAGAAGUGGAAAGACUGAAUUUUCCCAUAUUUGAGCGAUUAAAAGCGCUUCAUACGAAUCCUUCCAAGCACGUGUUUUGCUUUGCCAAUGAAUACCACAAGGAAUGUUUCGUGGAGAGGAUAGCCAAAGAAACGAAGGAGGAGCGGGAUCAGCGCGCCGUGUGUGUCGCUGCCAAAUGGCACGGUGACCACCUCAGCCAGCAACACGCUGCCAAGUCGAGCACACCUGUUGCUGUGGUGUUGGCCAGUUCGCCGAAAGAAUUAUCGCUGGCAGCAUCCGUUGGUGCGCCGGCAGUUUUAAUAUAUGACUAUGUUGUCUCGUUGAAAGCGUCCGAGCCGCUUGUGGAUUUAUUGGCCAAACCACCUAGCACAGAUGAGGAAAAGGACAGCAUAUUUUACUACCCACCUCACCUGAAAUUAUCAGUUAUCCAGAGUGGCUUGAAAUCCGGUACUUACUAUCAAGGAAAAUUUCAUGCUUCGCGCGAAAACUACCUGGAAGCGCAGGUGUCCGUGGAGGGCCGGGAUCAGUUCGUGCUGAUUCAAGGCCAUGCCCAUCUCAACCGCGCCGUCAAUGACGAUAUCGUAGCCAUUGAGAUUUUCCCAGAGGACAAAUGGUCAGCGCCUUCUAAUCUCGUUAUCGAGGAGGCAGCUGAUACGGAAGUCCCGGAAGGUGAGGAAGAGGAUGAAGUGGAGGAAGACAAAUCUGCAAAGAAACUCCAGGAUGAGAUGGAAAAGAAACUCCGACAAGAAGUAGCGAAAAAGGAUCGACAACCGACGGGCCGCGUUGUGGGCAUCAUUAAGCGUAAUUGGCGGACGUACUGCGGCGUGCUUCGGCCGAAAAUAUCCAAAACGUCAACACGUUACGUGUUCGUCCCAGCCGACCGGCGGAUUCCAUUGGUUCGCGUGGAGACGCAGCAAGGGGAGGCGUUACAGGGCCAGCGAAUAGUGGUAGCCCUAGACCAGUGGCCCCGCAGUUCCAAGAUCCCCAUCGGGCACUAUGUGAAGAAGCUGGGUGGAGUGGGUGAAAAGGCGGCGGAGAACGAGGUGUUGUUGCUGGAGCACGACAUCCAGCAUGACCGCUUCUCCGACGCCGUGCUGGCCUGUUUGCCGGUCAUGCCCUGGGUCUUGACGGACGAGGAAGUUCGCAGACGAGCUGAUCUGCGACAUCUGGACAUUUGCAGUGUGGAUCCGCCCGGAUGUACGGAUAUUGACGAUGCUCUGCAUUACCGUCCGUUACCCAACGGGAAUUUUGAGAUUGGCGUGCACAUUGCCGAUGUGACUCACUUUGUGCGUCCGAGCACCGCCAUGGACCGGGAGGCGGCCAGUCGAGCCACGACCGUGUAUCUUGUCGAUCAGCGCAUUGAUAUGCUCCCAAAUCUGCUCAGCUCCAAUUUGUGCUCGCUGCGCGGCGGAGAGGACCGGCUAGCGUUCUCCUGUAUUUGGGAGAUGACGUCGGAUGCCCGGAUUGUGGCAGUGCAGUUUAUGAAGAGUGCCAUCCGUUCGCGUGCGGCUUUGACAUAUGCCGAGGCACAGAUGCGGAUCGACGAUAAGAACCUCCAGGACCCAGUGACCCUGGGUCUGCGUGGACUGAAUAGAUUGGCUAAAAUUAUGCGAACACGUAGGAAAGAUAACGGGGCGUUGUUUCUGGCGUCACCGGAAGUACGCUUCAACAUUGACAGCGAAACGCACGACCCGAUCGACGUACAGACCAAAGAGCUCAAGGAGACCAAUUUCAUGGUGGAGGAGUUCAUGUUGCUGGCCAACAUCAGUGUGGCCGAGAAGAUCUACAAGGAAUUCCCCGAGUACGCCAUGUUGCGCCGGCAUCCCGCGCCGCCCUUAAGUAACUACGAACCAAUCGUCAAAGCCGCUGAAUCCAAGCAUUUGGCGCUGCAGGCGACCAGCGGAAAGGCGCUGUCGGAUUCGCUGGAACGCGCGUACUUGCCCGGUCAGCCGUACUUUAACACGAUGCUGCGCAUCCUAACCACGCGCUGCAUGAUGCAGGCGGUGUAUUUCUGCAGCGGCAGUCUGGAGUCCUUCCAAGAGUUCCAACAUUACGGCUUGGCCACGCCUAUCUACACGCACUUCACCUCGCCUAUCCGCCGGUACGCCGAUGUCAUUGUACACCGAUUCUUGGCGGCUGCCAUUCAUCAGGACGCCACGUAUCCACAGUUGUUGGAUAAGGGUGUCAUGAAUAAGCUGUGCCAGAAUAUCAACUAUCGCCACCGGAUGGCACAGUACGCCGGACGAGCCUCGGUUGCGCUCCAUACGCAGUUAUUUUUUCGCAAUCGUCUGGUGGACGAGGAGGCCUACGUGCUGUUUAUCCGCAAAAAUGCAGUGCAGGUCCUGGUGCCCAAGUACGGCAUGGAGGGGACCGUUAUGCUAACCGAUAAGAGUGGUAACGUGCAGUUCCGCUACAAUGCCGAGGGACCAUCGGUAACGAUCGGAAAUGUGACAUUGCGGACCUUUGAUCGUGUCAUCGUCCAGAUUUCCGUGGAUCAGUCUAGUCUGCAGCACCACCGGCUGGUUACCAAACUGGUCGAACCAAUGAUUCCUGGAUUUAGCGUGCCUCCGUCCGAUCAGCCGGCCCCAGAAGGCGUUCCGGCCAAUAAAAUCCAAAAAACCCGAGAAGUGUGAAAGUUCUUUGUUUUGUUAUUGUAUAGGAUUACAAUAUAGAAACGGAACUUUUGUUGGAAAUUUGGCAUUACGGAACCUACACUGGGCUUCAACAUUUCAUGGAAUGUGGUUUUAAUAGAUUUUUAAUGUUUUGCUUUCUUCACACGCUGUGUAAACAACACUGAGAAUUGUGGAUUUGAAUGAAUUUUCUCUUUCG